GAACCUUUCGAUCGAAAUCCUCGGAAGUUCGCCGUAAAAAUGCUCCCGAAAUGAGUUGUUAGAACAGAUCCCUUAGCAAAAACAUCAACCAUGCCUGAGAAAAUAAGCGUUAGAAGCUUCCUCGACGAAGCUAGGGAGGACGUUUCGUCCCCGACGACCUCCAAUUUCAUAUCAACAAUGAGCUUAUGUCGAAACACUGUCGGAUCGCUAGAGGAGGUGAGCAUUUUGUUUUCACUUUUCAUUAGGUACUUACUCGAUUUUUGUUGAUUGUUGAAUGUUAUGCUGCAUAAUAAGGAACUAAAGUGCUUGAUCGUUGGCGGUUAGUGUUAAUAACAGCGGAUUUAGGUGUUUAGAUCUAAUAAGGUUCGAUUUUUAAUUACGAUAAUUGAUAUAUUCUAUGAUCACCAAUGUUAUUUAUAAACAUGGCAGGUUUCGCGGAAAACGAUUUCCGAUAAGCUUGGAUUUCUUUGUCCUCUUUGGAAUUCGUUUAUAUAUAAUGUAGAAUUUUAAGCAACAGCUGUAUGGCUAGGUUUCGCUGAUAAUGUAGUUAAGUUUGAAGAAAUAUGAAACUUGUGUGAAACAUGUAAGCUUAUAAUAUAAGUUUAUUUGAAUUUGACAAGUGAUAAAUCUUGUUUAGGAUAGUAAACUUUUUGUUAUGGUCACGUUGACGAAAUAUUUCUUUAAUUCUAUUGUACUGUCCUCUACUACCGGUAACUGGCAAAGGAAUAUUUUGGAGCUGUAAAUCCAAAAAUGUUUUGCAUUUGUUCCCUGCAUUGUUGUCUGUAUUAUAUAAGCAGUUUUCAUUUUCCAGUUUCCAUUUAAAUAUUUCUCAAAAGGUUGAGACUGAAGAUUUUAAUAGACUCUGAAUCUGAUUAAACUUUUAUGUCUAAGGCAAUUAAUUUGAAAAUACUAGGCCAUCCCUUUUUUUUCUCCAUUUUAAUAGUUUUUAGUAACGUUAAGAAUCUGACCCUGUUUUUUGGGUUUCCAAAAAUCUUUGUUCCUUGUAUUGCACUUUGUCAUUGUUAACUCCUCGCCUACCAGAGCCAAAUACACCCACCAACUGGCCAGACCUUUCUCAACGACCAGAGUUCAUUUCUUCAGGCAACUCGAACUACCUGACUUUUGGUGAUUUCAUAUGUCGGAAGACGUAUAUUAUGUCCUGGGUUGCUGAGUGACCUCACACAGGAUGUAUUUAACAAUUAUUCCUCAAUCCCGAAUGGGCUCUUAGUCAAUAGCCCAUGAGGGUGAGAGAGGGUGAGAGAGGGUGAGGGAUAACUGUUUUAGUAAAAUCCAACUAGUUGGUCAAAAAUAUCAAGGCAAAACAAAUUUAGCUAGCAAAACGUGAUUCAGCUGCCAACGUUUUGGUUUUCAAAGCCAGCACUUUUCACUACUAGUGGGCUAUAAUAUAUAUCCCAGUAGUAGCUCAACUAAUCAGAACGCAGCAUUUAUGAUGCAAUAGACCACUAAUUGGAUUUUACUUAAUAAAAUUAUACGUCCUUGGUAGCCAAGGGGUUAAACAGAAUUUUUGCAUUUAAUACAGUUUUAUAAACAGCAUUUCUUUAUGCUGAAUACCAGUUUCAAAUGCAAUAGUAGAGGAAGUAGCCAAUUUUCUUCAAUCCAUAACUAUGUUUUGGUUGGUAAAUUCCUUGUGUUUGAUUUUAAUCAGUCCACAUGUCAUGCAUUGCUCUUGUUUUCCUCAACCACCAUAAUUACCAUCAUCAAGGCUGCACUCUAGUUGUACCCAGUGGUUCCUGUCACCUUACCUUUGCUCUUGGGUGACUAGGGAAUCUUAUUUUUUCAUAGAAAUCCUAUGCUUAGCAUGCUAGUUUUUCGUAGUUUCAGAGCACUGGGCUCUGCUGAAUUUUUUUAGAACACAGCCUUGAUUACUCCUCCUCAAUAGUGCAGGGGUACCAGAACUCUUUGGGCCUGUUUAUACAUGUAUAAGUUAAGCCAGCUCAUUAUGCCCGGCUAGCCCACUAAACUAGGCUGGUUUGGCUCAUGCCUACAAAGGUUUUCUCGUAAAAGUUUUGUCUUAUUAAUAUAUGAGAAGGCAAGCUGGGCUGCUUGCUGAGUUCCUGGUUGCUCUACUCAAGAUCCUCUCCCUUGUCCUUAAUUUAUGUCGUGUCUAUGCAACUGGUUCCAGCUCUCAACAGUGCCAAAAUAUACUGAGCUGUCAAGCAAUGGAUUGUUUAACUUAGAUAUAAACUAAAUAUUGGCAAGCUCAUGAAUAGAGCCAUCUUUCCUUGCUCCUCACCACUUGGGACAUUUCGUCUGCACCUUAAAGAAAGAAAAAUUGCCAUACUGAUGAUGUAAAUCAGUGUUUACAUAAUUAACCUUGAGUCAUGUUUCCCCUAGUCUAUUACAGCAGAGUUUUGAACAAAACUCAAAUGCUUCUUCUUCUGAAAAAUAAUUAUAUUCCAGGAAUAUGAACUGUUUUGCAGUAGAUUCAUUGCAUUUACAUUUGACCUUUCUCACCUUUUGUUUCUUGUCCCUCAUUCAU